GGGGGGAAGAACAGGGGAGAGGGGCUGAGGUAGAGAGAUUCAGAGUAAGAGGACGAAGAGACCACAGACCUCACUUCUUCUGCAGCUUCAGGACAAAAGCUGAGGAACUGAGAAGAGUAGAAGAGAGGGAAAAACAGGAUAUGAAAAGAACAUGACAGAAAGAAAUUGUCAUUAACCGCCCUACGAAGUUCUCUCUUUCCCUCUCUUCCUCCGUCUUUCACCUCUCUCAAUUUAAUCUUAAGUCCACUUCAAUUUCCCCCGAAGGACGCAGUUCUCCCCUCUUCCCUAGACAGAAGGACAGAGGCCCGUUCCUCCUGGUAGGACGACACCAGGAGUUUCCUCUUUCUCUCUGCUCCCCUACUCCCUCCUCGCCCUCCAGAAUGACUCUGCUGGCCUCCGAGAGGUCGCUUCUCAUCAGGAACAAGUUUCGCACAGUCCUGCAGCUGAGGAUUCAAAACCGAAGGCUGAGCGAAAUCAAUGCGGACUCAGGGUUGAAGUCUUCCUGCCCUCAAAAACCAGAAAAGAACCAGAGUGAAGUUCAACGUCCCGCUGACGACGGUGCUGCUCAGAAGUUGCCCCCUGGUGGUCUGAACCCUGAAACGCCACAAGAGAGGACCGUAUGUGGGGCCCAGAGGCAGAGGAAGACUCGUCCCAGUCAGGACCUCACCGAGAGGACCCAACGACCUCCAGCACCUGCAGAGCAACAGCUAGAGUCCACUGUGUCCCCAGAGAACUGUCCUGCCUCUUUCCCCACCGAUGUCUUCGAAGAUGACAUCUCCUCCUCCCCCGUCUCUGAGCACCAUAGCUCUCACCAAUCCCCGACAAUCUCCCCUUUACCAGCUGGACUCCCAGUUGACCAAUCAUUAAGUGACUGCUCAGCUGCGGGACUGACCCUCAGUCAGAGUCCAAGCCACGCUCAGUCUGGUUUGACGUUGCUCCCGGCAACCGUGGGCAUCAGACAACCUCCGAGUGUAACGAGGGGUGAAUCUAACUCCAUGGCAACAACUGGAAGACCAAAUGGGAUGUAUCUGACUUCUCAGGCAACGCCCUUACUGCCAAAGACAGCUCGGCCUCCCAGCCCCGCCUGCUCCUCGUCUCUGCCCCCGCCCUUAAACUUUAACCACCUCGCCCACUCGCGGAAACCACGGGACAUUAAACCCAAAAUGAGAAAGCUCAAAUAUCAUCAGUACAUUCCUCCGGACCAGAGGGGAGCGUCUGGAAACGGAGGUGCUGUGGGAGGAGCCAAACAGCAGAGCCCCACCCCCACCCAGCCUUUAGACCCGGCCUAUUCCCAUCUCCUGACACAGCAGCAGGUGUUUCUCCAGUUUCAAAUCAUGCAGAGCCAACAGCAGCAGCAACUACCACCUCAGCCGCCGCUUCCAGCCGUGUCCAACGGAGAUCACAAUGAUCUGGUGAAGUCUUCUCGAGCCGCGCCACCCAGUCUCCCCCCCGCCGCGGACAUGAGCCCUGCGCCCAAACCUGAGCUUCUUCCAGCCAAUCUGGUUGACUUAACGGUGUCGGAGUUGCGGCAGCAGCUGCGUAAGCGCGGCCUCCCUGUCUCCGGCACCAAGCCUGCGUUGUUGCAGCGGCUUCGUCCCUUCCAGCUUCCGCACGCUUGUCCCGCCCCUGCUCCCAUUUCCGACCCUCCCUGCUCGCUGCUGCAACCAAAUCAGAGCCCCGGCUCAAGCUCCAGCUCCGGUCAGGACUCGCCCUGCGGCAGCCCGAACCAACAGCUGUACGUCCAUGAUGGAGGAAUUCCUAAUGGGAUUCUCAGUGACCCAAACAGAGAUCCAAACGGCGCUUUGAACGUCGUCCCGAAUGCGUUCACAAAUGCUGCAUCAGUCAGUUUGGCAGGUGAACAGUGCCAUCUCACCGGCACUGUCUUCAUGGCUCCCGCCAGCACCGCCUCAGGAACGCCGAGUCCCAGUUUACCCAUGUCGUCCUCCUCACCCCUGCAGUGUGGGACUCUCUGGAAAGUGGAAAACGAACAGCUGCAGCAGCAGGAACUAAGCAUGGGGCUACAGAUGAGGGGACGGAGGAGGAGCAGGCCCUCCUCUAUGUACAUUAGCAAUCAGUCUGGUGAGGGGUCCAUUCAUCCGUUCCUGCAACAGGAUCUAGGAUGCCCUAGGGGGAAGACGGAAGCAAAUGCACAAACAGAGGUGCUGUUUACUCAGCCGUGUGAUGUGAUUGGCCGUGACUUUGAGCUGCCACUGCAGAUUACGGCGAGUCCUGUCCAGACCUCACCUGGCAUUCGGAGCUUGGAGGAAGAACUUCAGGAGGCUAUCCAGAAGGCACAGAUGGACCCUCGACAGUCCAUUGAUGACAUCCUCAAUGAGCCCAUAACUUCUGAAGGCUCUCUUAAUGUCUCUGAUCAUAAAUCCCCUGCCCACUCUGCCCCCAAGCCUCCUUCCCCUCAAACGCAACCGUCUCUUCAGCAGCACGAUGACAACUUCCUGCCCUCGCCUCUCUGCUCUUCUCUCUUGCUGGAGCUUCCUCCUUCUCCAGCUGUAAUCAACCCAAGCCAGGUUGUCCCCGCUCCUCCUCCUCCUCCUCCAAUCUGUAUAUCCCCUCCUCCGUCCACGAGAAAGUCACGAAAACGACGGGCUCCCACGCUGUUUGACGCCGCCGACUGGCUCGAAACCCUAACGUCUGGCAUCUACCCCCUCACCCCGCCUAAAGCUCCCUUUGUUGAGACGGAUUUCAGUCUGGAUUCUGAUCUGAAUGUGAAUCGAGUGCUGGAUCUGUUGAUAGAACAGUGGUGAAGGCACGUGCGUUUGUUUUUUUAUGUGUAGUAGCUGUUUUACUGAUAGUUAUGACCGUAGCAAGACGUUUACAUUCUUUUAGGGCACAGCUUCCAUCUUCAACAGGCUGUCGGAGUCCCCGGCUCCACGCGACGUCGAGGGCAGGUUUCUUUACAGCCGUCCCGUUAGACUUACCCUUAAUGGGACAAAAGUGUUUUCUUCCACCAAUCAGGUUCCAGUGCUAAACCAGAGCUAGCUUUGCACCACUUAUCUGUUUCAUUACUAAAAGCAACAAAACAAAACGGUCCUCCAACCACAAACCUGAACGGGUUUGAAUCUGCAACCCUCCGAUUACACUCCUAACCCCUGAAUCCUUUAGUUUAUACAUUUUUUCAUCAACGCCGGUGCCGAGCUGCGCACACGCGCUGAUGGAGACGUUUUCCUUUCAGACUUCUCCGUUGCCUGGGGAGUGUUGCAAUGACAUUCCCCGCCUGGACAACGGAGGGCGUGCUGCUUUUCCUGUGGGGUUCUGUCACCGCUGCGUCCCGUCUCUGCUCUCCAAUAGCGCGUUUAAAGCCUUAGUGGCAAAUCUGCUAAACGAGCUAGCUUUUAAACACAAACAGCCACAGAUCUCUCACCCCUUCCGUCAGCUAUCAUUACUACAGUAAACGAGAGAGCGCUAACCAUCAGUCGCAGUUUUCUAACUUCAAACGUCUUUUGUUUUUCACAACUUCAAAUGGUGUUUUUCUUUUUGGGCCUCUGCUAGUUUGUCCUAAAGUGCUGCACGAAUGCCCGGUCUACGGAUCUGCAGCUGUGCACUAUUGUGGAAUUCACAUGGGGCUUGGCAGCGUUUGAUCGAACAGAGAUGGCAAUGGCGGCAUCAACAAGUCAACUCCAUGCCCUGAUUUUGUUCUGCUUAGUGACUGAACCAGGUUCGAUGAUUAAAAUCAUCUGGUUUAGUCGCUGAUUUGAAGACAAACACGGCAUGGAGAUGAUUUGUUGAUGCCACAGUUUCCAUCUCUGUGAUUGAAUCCGAAUGUCUUUAUUUCCAAGUUGAAGUAAUGGCUCAAAAAAUGACAUCUCAAUCGUGCCAACAAUAUUGUAUUAUACAUUGUGCCCAUCAUUGCUCUGGAAGUGGAAAAUAGCACGAUACAGGGCCUUUAAAUGACUAUUCACAUAUGGGUUCAGUUGUUUUCAUAUCACCAUCAGGCAUUUGUGCCUUCACGGUGAUCCUCUACAGCAGGGGUGCCCAACCCUGGUCCUCGAGGGCCGGUAUCCAGCAUGUUUUAGUUUUAAUUCGGCUUCAACACACCUGAUUUCAAUCAGCAGGUAAUUAAUAGGCUUCUGCAGAGCCUGAUGAGAUGCUACACAGGUGAUUCAACCAGUUAAUCAAGUGCGUUGGAACAGAAAAACCGCAGGGGUGCCCAAUCCUGGUUCUGGAGGGACCAGGAUUGGGCACCCCUGCUCUACAGAAACCCAGAGUAAACGUGAAUGAAUAUCAAACAUUACCUGAAAGUGAUGUUUUAAGCGGUGUAAAGAGAUUUGUGGAAAACCAAGUCUUUCUUUUUUUUUGAAGAGCCUGGUAAGAACCAACUAUAAUACUGGGCCGGUCUAGGACCGGAUCCUUUUUGGUGGAUAAACCCUUAAUAAGAACAAAAACAUACCUUUGUGGCCUUCUAUUAAGAUGCUGCUUUUCAAAAGCACAUCAUCAAUCAAUUAAAGAAAAGCUGUUGUUGUGUUUGGUUAACAUCCCCGAUUGGGCGGGGAGGGAUAACAGUUCUAAUGAACCUCCGUGAGUCGGAGCCAUUCAGAGUGUUUAAAAACCAGACAGAACUCACAGCUUGUGUGUGGCUCCAGACCUUUACCCCGGUGCCAGACGCACAGUGGGCAUGCGGUCAGGAAAAAACCUGGCAGAAGCCACAAACAACAGGUGUGUGUGUGUGUGUGUGUUAUACCCGUAGAUGCAUAACUGCACCCUCAAGUCCCAUGUCAUUAAUGCCAAAUGCAGUCAAAGAAGCCAAAUUCUGAGUAGGAUGGCUGAUCCAGACCUCAUACCAGACAUUUAUUAUCUUUUCUCUGCCAGCAGGUGAAAAACUCUGCUGCUGUUACCAAAUAUAAUCACCAGAACAACCAUUCCUGAUGUUGUGAUUCUCCAAGAGAUCAAUCACGCAUCCACAAGCAAAAUUACUUCACAGUCAAAUGCACCAAUCAGCCGCAUGAGAGUUGCCAUAUUACUCUGAAAAACAACAAAAGAAACAGGUGGUCAAUUUGCUCCCUGAUUAACCCCCUCCGACAGCGCUGGCCUCGUGCUAGGCUCACCCUGCUGUCACCAAAGCCCGUUUCAGCACAAUUCACAACCAAAGCUGAGGCCACACCUGCUCUAUUCGUGUAAAUCCUUAAACGUGUUACCAGACACUACUGAACCACCGCUGCACACUUCAGAAUACAAAAGACCAAUAUGCAGGUAAGAGCGCCCCCAAGGGGUGGCCAGGGGUGGCCAUGACCACCCCUAGAAAAGUGCUGGCCCCCCCCAGGAAAAGUCAUACUUAAUAAAUCAUAUUAAUGUUCAGUCAAAACAUAUAUUGAUCGUGUUUAUUCAAGAUAUAAUUGUAAAACAAAAUAAAAAUAAUACAAUUAAUAGGUAAAGAAAUAAUUAGAAUAAAACAACAAAUACAUAUGUUUUCCGCUGCUUACAUUUAAAAAAAGUUUUUAUCUCCAUAGUUUUUGUGAACACAACAACAGGUGAGUUAACCUGAAAAAAUAAAUUUGUAAAUUAAAAUUGGAAUAACAUUUUAAAUAACUGAAAUGUACUUUUCUGAAAUGUUUGUGUUUGUAAAAUUCAAGUAAAAUGUUUUGGAUACGUACUGCUUUUUUAUAAAUAAAAAUGAAUAAAGGAGCAACGCAGUACAUUGCCACAGGCUAAACUAAAUGCAGUGUGUGGCAGAGGUGUGCCACCCCAAAAAUUUGUUUGGCCCCAUCUGUAACGUAGCUGUUACUUACAAAAUGGCCAGAUUAAUGGUGGUUCUUUCCUCCUGUGGGAAGUUUGUUGAACUUGCAGCCCUUUUCCCUCCGUUUUCUCCACGUCUGGUUCGAUGACUUCACUUUCGUGAAGCGCAUUUGUACUCCUGGACUUAUUUUCACACAAAACCUAAAAAAGUGUUUCCCCCGUUCGAAAAUAAGCACGUUCUUGGUAUCAAAAUGUGUCUUUAAAAUUCACGGACUUCAUGUGUGAAAUCCAUGACACAAAGCAAGCGGAAAUAGAAAAUAGCUUUUUAGCCCAGUUGACUUGCGUUCGUUUUUUCAUUCUUCCCGGGACCCAUGGCGUGGAAGUAGAUGGGCGUGACUUAGGCUCUUUAUUUGGUACGAAGGUGGUCCGGAUUCCGAUGUUCGGACUCCGGACAAACUGCCAUUCACACCGACCAAGGUUCAUGUGUCUCCAGUUAUCUGCUCCCACAUGUUUAAAAAUACAGCUGUAAUAAUAAUGUGAACUAGGGCUGGGCAAUACAUCAAAAAUGUAUUGUUAUGGAAACUUCUGACUCUAACCAAUACCAUUUUGCCCACGCCAAAAAAUUCUGUAAUAAAAAAGGGAAAGAUGUGUGUGGGUUGGCGAUGUCCAUGUCCCUUUAAGAAGCUGUACCACCUCCAGUCACAUGACAACGUGACCCAACGUAUUCCAUGCCACAGCCCCAUCUAGUGGACAACUUUUGUUUUUGCGCACACAUGUAGUUAUUAUCCAUUUAUUGUUAUCGAGGUGAACUCCUCAAUAUGCCGUAAUUUUGAUUUUGUCAUAUCGCCCAGCCCACCUGUGAACUUAAAUUACGAUCAUUAAUAAUAAAACUAAAGCCAGCAAAAAGAAUGGUUUCAUUUUCAAAAAUACCGAAUACAACUUGCUGUUCCACGUCUCACUUCCUGUCCGGCUCAUUUCUUUAGGUUCAUGACAAUCCGUGUGUGGCGUCCCGUAAAAACAGACUCCAUGCAGACACGUUCCGGAGCUCCGCAUCCGGAUCCGUGCUGCAGCCGGUGUGAAUCCUCUGAUUGGUCUCACUGAUGUUUUAACUCUGCAGGAGCCGUACGGAAACUGGGCCACAUCCGUACCGCACUGAGUGUGACAAGCGCUUUGAUCACCUGUACAGCAGCAAAGCUUCAGCACACAGCUGCAGCUUUAUGAUGAAGCGGCUCUUGUACAGAUUUCACGACAACACAGAAAAAUGCAGCUAAAUGUGGAUGGAUCGCUAUGAUAAUCAUAACGGUCAAUAAGCGUUCCCUGCUGCAGCAAAAAAAAAAAAAAAAGUUUUAAACAGUAAAAUUGAUAGGCGGGAGAGUAAGAUGCUACCUCCUGUUACUUGCACUGCUUUAGGGCUGACACUUAUGUUUUCCUCGUUUCUUAUUUAAUUUCCAAACACUGGAGCAGUUUUCCGUAACACCCUAGAGCCGGUUUAAAGCUGUUAUUUAACCGGAGUGUGAAAACACUGAAGGGGUUUUAGGUAACUGUGAUUCAGUUUGCCACUUGCUGCUAUAUUUGACUUUUUGUUUUUGAGAAGACAAAAGAAAAUUGUUUGCUUUAAUUUAUUAUGUAACUUAUUCAUUAAAGAGAUUCAGUUUCUGUUCAAAACAUGUAUUUAAAAGCAUUAAAAAAUUAAAGUCUUAAUAGAUUUUC